AUGGACAGAGAGAAGACAGACAAAGAGGCAGAUGAAAGGCCUCAGGAAGAUGAAAAGCUGCAGAGAGACGGGACGGGUCGGAAAGCCAGAUGGGAGCUGACGCAGGAGGAGGAGGACGUGUGCAGGAACGCGGGCGGACGCCAGCUGAAGACGGUGAUGCAGCAGGUGCUGGACUUCGCCUUGUGCGAGCUCACCAAGAUCGUGGAGGCCUCGUUCGACGACCUGCUGCUGGAGAUCACCAAGAUGGAGCGCGAGCAGCAGCUGCUGGAGGAGCGGCUGGGAGGAGGAGGAGGAGGGGAGAAGGGCAGAGGAGCGGGGGGCCGGCGGAGGGGAUCGGAGAACGACUCUGCGUCGCCGAGCGGCUCCGAGGACGCCAGGGAGGAGCCCGGCGACAUCACCGAGUCCAAGGAGACGGCCGAGACAGACGACCCGGACAGGCCUCCGGUCCUCUCCGUCUCGCAGGACUGGGUUCCCAUCCUCGACAAAGUCUUCGGCCAGAAGUGGUGCAGCGACGUCUGGCAGAUCAAAGAGCUCGGCGGCGGCGACGGCGGCGGCAGGGAGGGGGGGGCGAGGCCGGCCGGCGCUCUGUCCGCCGCCUCCCUGGCCCUGGAGCCGUCGCCCACCUCCCCGCAGCAGGACCCCCGCUGGACGCCGCUGGAGGACAUGGAGGUGCUGUCGCCCGACGAUGACGACAACGCCGAGGGCCAGCGGCGUGCCGGGGGAGGAGCUGGGGUUGGCCCCGCCGCCACACAGGCCCUGAGCCCCACAGGAAUCGCGGGCCGACGCUCCUCCGCCUCGAUGCUCCACCGCCUCCUCACGCUCCCGUCUCAGCUGCUGGAGGACGACGACGAGGACGUCAGCGCCUCGGAGACGCUGGCCGCCUUGGCCAACGAGGGCACCAACGGCCGCCGCGACGAGGCCGAGGCGCACGGUCAGGCCCGAGCCUCGCACCUGCCGACCAAGGAGGAAGAGGAGGCGGAGGAAGAAGAAGAAGGAGAAGAGGGGGAGGAAGAGGAGGAGGACAGAGUGAGGAAGAAGAAGAGGAGGAGAGUGUGGCUGGAGUGCGACGAGUGCGGCCGGAGGUUCAGCCGAGCCUCGCUGCUGAAGGCCCACCGGCACACGCACAACACCGUCGCCACGGAGACGUCCUCCUCCCCAACAGCCGAGGCCUCGUCGCCGCUCGCCCAGUCGCCGGGACUCUGGUGUUCGGAGUGUGGGAAGCGGUUUUCCUCGGCGACACGACUCCAAGCUCACAUCCGGACGCACCAUCCCGGGAAACGGUCCUGAGCCAGACGGGACAGGACAGGACAGGACGGGACGGGAUGGGGCGCAACAGGGUCAACUGGACAAAACUGGAAACAAAAACAGCACAAACUGAAUUCGACAAAACAGGCAGGUGGGAUUAUCAGGAUGGGAUGGGACAGAAGCAGACCGGGUCAGAGCCUCGCGUGGAUCGACCGAGUUGAACCGAGUUUUAGUGGAAAUGUGACUGGACCAAACAGCAAGAAAUGAAUUCAGCAAGACAGUCCAAUGAAAACAGACGUGGUUACAGGUGAGAGUGCGGCGGCAGCUCUAGAGAUGGAUCAGCAGAAAUAAACAGGAUCAGAACCAGAGAUGACAAAUAAUUUAAAAUGAUCGGAGGCAGCGCAUGUCGAGGCUCUGGCCCUCUUUGCCUCUGCCAGAAGCAGUUCCAGCGUCAAGGCGACGUCAGAAGUCAACGCUGAAAAUCCUCUGCCUGCAUCAGGAAGCUGAGGUCAAACAUUUUAAAUAAUGUCCACCAGACAUUUACGUCCGAGUGGCGUCCAGCACUCACAGAUACCGUAGAAACACCUGCGAACACAAGAGCUCAGAAGGAACCAAACACGUCACAAAUCAGCAGCACAGGAACUGAAGAAGAUCCUGGACAGAACAGCGCCCACCAGGUGUGCGAUUACGAGGCCAGAACAAAGUCGGAUAAAAGUGAAAGGUUUGAUCCUUACCCACAGCCCAUGAGAUCCUCAACACGGAGUCAAAGAAUACAAAACACCACUGGACCAGAUCGCCAUUCCACGACCACUCAAGCAGAAGUCCUAGACAUUGGAGCAGACUUGACGCAUCUUAAGAGAAUAUGCAACAGAAGUGCACAAAGCGGGGGAAGCAAUGCAAAUACAUCGGAUCCCAGCGGCACCAAACGGGGGCGGACUUGAUCUUGAAUGCAUCCUGACCUGACUUCACAGCUGAGGUCGGUCUCUGGGCGGUGUUGCAGUCGAUGGAGAGCGACACGACCUGCUAAACACGCACACGCACGCAUGCGCCGCCUUCCUCCGGGGAGGCUGGACAGGUGCUGCCCGUCCUGCUGUACAUCGACCCCCUUCAUCCUUUAAAGUCCCUCAAAACUCCUUUUAAAAGUGGGAAAUUUUCACCAGCCACCAGCGACGUGCUGACGAAUUUUGGUUUUGGCAGGUAACCAAGCCUUCAUUUGGAUGUCCUACUUGAUGAUUAAAAAAUCUCUUUGGCUGGUAAACCAGUGAAUGUGGCUGGUGGACGUACCAGCCAUUUUGGAAAUUGGACGAAAAAGGAAGAUUCCCUCCCUGAUUGUGGUAUUAGUAGUUUUUUUUAGUCUGUUAUGGUGUAAAAUCUGUACAGCAUGGACCUUCCAUUGUAGUUGAGACGGUCACUCACUAAUGAAGUGACCUUUGAUUUUCUACCAGUUAAUUUUUAAGUGCCCUUUCUUUUUUUGUUUUUCAAUGAAUAGACUGUCUUUUUUUACAUUUUUGGA